GGACUUCCAGUGGACACUGGAUUUAGUUAAAUGCGAGUCCGCUAGUCGUUUAUUAGGCAACAUUUUUAAGUGUUUAGUUGUUUGCUUUGACCCAACACGGUAUCGUUCGUUUGUACUUGCAGUCGUACGACAACCAAACGUAGGGACGAUCAUAAUGAAAAUGGCUUGGCAACCCCAAGAAGAAGGUCUCAGACAGAUUCUUCAGCUCCUUAAAGAAUCGCAAUCGCCGGACAUUACCACUCAGACGGCAGUACAACAAAAACUGGAAGAAUUAAAUAAAUUCCCUGAUUUUAAUAAUUAUCUAAUUUUUGUCCUAACCAAAGUAACUACAGAAGAUGAACCAACACGGUCAUUAAGUGGGCUAAUUUUAAAAAAUAAUGUCAAAGCAAAUUUUGACAAACUUGACAGCGAGGUUCUAGAGUUUGUUAAACAGUCAUGCCUUUCGGCUGUUGGAGACCCUUCGCCAUUAAUAAGGGCUACUGUAGGUAUACUCAUAACUACGAUAACAUCCAAAGGAGAGCUUCCAUUUUGGCCAGAUCUCCUCCCUACUUUAUGUUCUAUGUUGGACUCUCAGGAUUACAAUGUUUGCGAGGGAGCGUUUAGUGCAUUGCAAAAGAUUUGUGAGGAUUCAUGUCAAACACUAGACUCGAUGAAUUCAUUUGAAGAAUUUAAUAAACCUUUAAAUAUACUUAUUCCUAAAUUUCUUCAGUUUUUCGGACACUCCAGUUGUAAAAUUAGAUCUCAUGCUGUAGCAUGUGUGAACCAAUUUAUCAUUCAUCGGUCACAAGCACUUAUGACUCAUCUGGAUUCAUUCAUAGAGGGACUAUUUAGUUUAGCAAAUGACACAGAACCAGAAGUUAGAAAGAAUGUUUGUAGAGCUUUAGUUGGGCUACUCGAAGUGAGAAUAGACCGGCUUAUUCCUCAGAUGCAUAAUAUUAUUGAGUACAUGCUAACUCGAACACAAGAUGAAGAUGAAGGUGUUGCCUUAGAAGCUUGUGAAUUUUGGUUAUCACUAGCAGAACAACAAAUAUCUCGUGAAGUCCUAUCUCCAUAUUUAUCCACGCUCAUACCUGUUCUUGUGAAAGGGAUGAAAUAUUCUGAAAUUGAUAUAAUUCUGUUGAAGGGUGAUAUUGAAGAUGAUGAAAUGGUACCUGACAGAGAAGAAGAUAUAAAACCUAGGUUUUACAGAUCAAAACAUACAGUCAGACAACAUACUACAGAUAAUGGCACCGAGUCUGGCGUAUCAGGGGAUACCAGUAUUGACGAUGAUGGUUCAGAAGAUGAUACAUCACUUUCAGACUGGAAUCUCAGAAAAUGUAGUGCAGCAGCCUUGGAUGUUUUGGCCAAUGUGUUCAGAGACGAUCUUUUACCAGUACUAAUACCGAUUUUAAAAGUAACUCUGUUCCAUCAAGACUGGAAUGUUAAAGAAUCUGGUAUUUUGGCUUUAGGGGCAAUUGCUGAAGGAUGUAUGUCAGGCAUGAUCCAUCAUUUGAGAGAACUGAUACCAUACCUCAUAGGUUGUUUAUCUGACAAGAAAGCCUUAGUACGAGCUAUCACUUGUUGGACAUUAUCUCGUUAUUCACAUUGGGUGGUUACUCAACCACACGAAAAUUACUUAAAACCAUUAUUGACUGAGCUUCUUAAUAGAAUACUUGAUCCAAAUAAACGAGUGCAAGAGGCAGCUUGCUCAGCGUUUGCCACAUUGGAGGAGGAAGCUUGCACAGAACUUGUCCCAUAUUUGGGUUUUAUUUUAGAGACCCUUGUUUAUGCAUUUACUAAAUACCAGCAUAAAAACUUGUUGAUAUUAUAUGACGCGAUUGGAACUUUAGCUGAUUCAGUAGGUCAUCACUUAAAUAAACCAGAUUACAUAAGUAUGUUGAUGCCACCGUUAAUACACAAAUGGAAUAUAUUGAAGGAUGAGGAUAAAGAUCUGUUUCCAUUGCUUGAGUGUUUAUCGAGCAUAGCGACUGCUCUCCAGAGUGGAUUCUUACCAUAUUGUGAACCAGUAUACAAAAGAUGUGUCUCAUUAGUGGAACAAACAUUGAAUCAGCACAUUGCAAAUACUCAAAACCCAGAUCAGUUUGAAGCACCAGAUAAAGACUUUAUGAUAGUUGCAUUGGACUUGCUUUCUGGUCUUGCUGAAGGUUUGAAUGGGCAGAUCGAAAAAUUAGUGCAUAGUUCAAAUAUUAUGCAACUUUUAUAUCAAUGUAUGCAAGAUCCAAUGCCCGAGGUCCGACAAAGUAGUUUUGCUCUUCUCGGUGAUUUAACUAAAGCUUGCUUUGAACACGUUCAUCCUUGUAUUAAUGAUUUUAUUCCAAUUUUGAGUCAAAAUUUAAAUCCUGACUUAAUAUCUGUUUGUAACAAUGCAACAUGGGCAAUAGGUGAAAUUUCCAUAAAAUUAGAAGGUGAUGAAAUGAGACCCUACAUACCUCUGGUCCUCAAUCAAUUAACACUUAUAAUUAAUAGAGCAAAUACUCCCAAAACUCUAUUGGAGAAUACAGCAAUUACGAUUGGCCGCCUAGGAUAUGUGUGCCCCCAUGACGUUGCUCCCAUGUUGCAACAGUUUGUCAGACACUGGUGUACCUCUCUUAGAAACAUAAGGGAUAACGAAGAGAAAGAUUCUGCUUUUAGAGGAAUGUGUCAAAUGAUAACAGUUAAUCCCGGUGGUGUUGUUCCUGAAUUUAUGUAUUUCUGCGAUGCUGUCGCAUCUUGGUCAAACCCGAAAGAAGAUUUAAAGGAAAUGUUCACCAAGAUAUUACAUGGUUUCAGGACACACAUGGGAGAAGAAAACUGGAAACAGUUUAUAAGCCAUAUUCCUGCACAGCUUCAAGACAGGCUAUCUAUGUACAACAUUUAAACACAAUAAAUGGUAACAACUCUUUAAGGGAAAAUAGUUUUAAAUUAAUCAAAUUAGAGAGAGAAUUUUGAAAAAGGACAUUAAACUAUUUUUUCUUAGUUGCCAUUUUAUAUUUGUGCUAUGUCAAAACAUAAAAAGCCUUAAAUUUUGUUCCAUUUGUUACAUCUUUACAAACAGCUCAUCAAUAAACACUUAAAAUUUUUCGAAUAACUGGCCUACAUCAAGUACAAAAAAAAAAAUGUUUUACAAUUUUCUACAAAAUAUGCUUAUUUCUGACAGUAGUAUAUAACGAAGUGUUGGUUGAAAGCAAACUGUAAGAGACAAAUCAUAGUUAAAAUAUUGUGUUUACAAUACAUUCAACAAUAAAGUACAUACUCUCGA